AUGAUCUAUCUAUCUAUCUAUCUAUCUAUCUAUCUAUCUAUCUAUCUAUUCUCUUUCUGCUCUGUUCAUAUUUAUCUAUAUAUCUAUCUAUCACUGUCUUUUCAUAUCUAUCUAUCUAUCUAUCUAUCUAUCUAUCACUUUUGUUCAUAUCUAUCACAAUCUGUUCAUAUCUAUCUAUCUAUCUAUCUAUCUAUCUAUGACAGACUGUUCAUUAUCUAUCUCAUUCUUUUGUUCAUAUCUAUUUCAUUCUGUUCAUUAUCCAUCUAUCAAACGAUCGUAUUAAUUUGUUCAUUAUCUAUCUAUCUAUCUAUCUAUCUAUCUAUCUAUCUAUCUUGGCCAUUUUUUCCUCCUCGUAGAGGCAAAACCGAAUCUUCAUGGGUGAGUACCAAUCACCGUAAUGGCCCGAGGAAAUGUGGAGCUUCUGAAAAAGAUGUAAACCAAACGGUAAAAGCACAUGAGCAAAAAAAAACGAACGUGCCUGCAAAGCGACAGCAGGCGAAGAAGACGCCUCUUGCUCAUCCACCGGCCAUCAUCAUUGACAGCGACCCAGUCAAGUUCGUCACGCCUUUCGUAUACGAGGGCUUAGAAGUUUCCAUCGCCGACGACCUCCGACAGGUGAUUAACAGAAGGCGUGCGCCGGCUGAAGUUGUCAACACAUCUCCGGACGCGAGCUACGAUAUUGCAACGCCGACAAUAUUUCUGUGCUCCCAGCCUGCCUCUCGCCUCCCAUGA